CCCGCCUCUUACACUAUAGGAAUAAGGUGGUCACCGUUCAGCCAAAUUCAAAAUCACACAGAAACUUCCCUCUUUAGGUUCCAUCUCCGGUUCCUAAAUCAACUCACCAAUUCUUGUAUUUCUCCCUGAAACGUCCCUGGCUCAGUCACUUCCUAGGUUUUGAUCUCCAAAACCUUUUCAAUUCCUCAGUUCUAUUUUUCAAGGAAGCUGAAUUGGAUCUUCUGGUGUCGAGCUCUCUUUCUUUCAUAUCAGAGUUACUACCAGAGCUUUUUGGCUCACAACGCCAAAGACAAAAAAGAAUGUACAUCAAAGAAAUAUGCUUAGAGGGGUUCAAAUCAUAUGCGACGAGGACGGUGGUCCAGGGUUUCGAUCCUUUUUUCAAUGCGAUUACGGGGCUGAAUGGCUCGGGCAAAUCGAAUAUUCUCGAUUCGAUUUGCUUUGUGUUAGGUAUUACAAAUUUGCAGCAGGUUCGUGCUGCGAAUCUCCAGGAGCUGGUGUACAAGCAAGGGCAAGCUGGCAUUACUAAGGCCACUGUGUCCAUUGUGUUCGAUAACUCUGAUAGGAACAGGAGUCCCCUUGGAUAUGAGGAUCAUUCAGAGAUCACGGUGACGAGACAGAUUGUGGUCGGUGGAAGGAACAAGUAUCUGAUCAAUGGAAAGCUUGCCCAGCCUAGUCAAGUUCAGAACCUUUUCCAUUCAGUGCAGCUGAAUGUUAACAAUCCGCAUUUUCUCAUUAUGCAAGGACGCAUCACAAAGGUCUUAAAUAUGAAGCCCCCUGAGAUUUUAUCCAUGUUGGAAGAGGCUGCUGGGACUAGAAUGUAUGAAACAAAGAAAGAUGCUGCAUUGAAAACACUUGAGAAGAAGCAGAGUAAGGUUGAUGAGAUUAAUAAGCUCCUUGACCAAGAAAUACUUCCUGCUUUGGAGAAGUUAAGGAAGGAAAGGAUCCAAUACAUGCAGUGGGCAAAUGGCAAUGCUGAAUUAGACCGACUUAAAAGAUUUUGCAUUGCUUAUGAGUAUGUUCAAGCAGAGGAGAUUAGAGAAAACACAAUUGGUGAGGUUGAACAGAUAAAGGCCAAGAUUUCUGAAAUUGAUGGUGACACAGAAAAGACGCAGGUGGAAAUACAGGAAAUGGAGACAAAAAUAUCAAAAUUGACUGCUGAAAAGGAAGCUAGUAUGGGUGGGGAAGUAAAAACUUUGUCAGAUAAAGUACAUGUUCUCUCUCAAGAUCUUGUGCGCGAAGUAUCCGUGCUGCACAACAAGGAGGACACUUUAAGGGGUGAAAAUGAGAAUGCCGAGAAGAUUGUCGAUGGUAUUGAAGACUUGAAACAGUCAGUGGAAGAGAAGGCCACUGCUGUUAGAAAGUCUGAAGAAGGAGCAGCUGAUCUCGAAAAGAGAGUCAAGGAACUCUCUAAGGCUUUGGAAGAACAUGAGAAGGAUUACCAAGGUGUACUAGCUGGAAAAAGUAGUGGAAAUGAGGAAAAAUGCCUUGAAGAUCAACUAGCUGAAGCAAAGGUUGCUGUUGGAAAUGCAGAAACAGAAUUGAAACAGUUGAAAACCAAAAUCAACCAUUGCCAAAAAGAGCUGAAAGAAAAAAAGCAUCAGUUAUUGUCAAAGCGUGAGGAAGCAGUUGCUGUAGAAAAUGAAUUUAAUGCUAGAAGUAAAGACGUGGAAAAUGUUAAUUUGGCAUUGGAAUCUCUUCCAUAUAAGGAGGGCCAGAUGGAAGCUUUACAAAAGGAUCGUGCAUCUGAAAUGGAUUUUUUGCAGAAGCUGAAAGACAAAAUACGGGAUCUUUCAGCACAAUUAUCAAAUGUUCAAUUCACCUACCGUGAUCCUGUAAAAAACUUUGAUAGAUCAAAAGUGAAAGGCGUGGUUGCAAAACUUAUCAAAGUGAAGGAUAGCUCCACAAUGACUGCCUUAGAGGUUACUGCUGGUGGCAAGUUAUUUAAUGUUGUUGUAGACACUGAAAAUACUGGAAAGCAACUUCUUCAAAAUGGUGAACUCCGGAGAAGAGUAACAAUUAUUCCUUUGAACAAAAUUCAAUCCCAUACUGUUCCCCAUAGAGUUCAGCAGGCUGCCAUUCGAUUGGUUGGCAAGGGGAAUGCAGAAUUGGCACUUUCUUUAGUUGGCUACGAUGAGGACUUAAGAAACGCUAUGGAAUAUGUUUUUGGUUCAACCUUUGUUUGCAAAACCAUGGAUGCUGCAAAGGAGAUUGCUUUUAAUCGAGAAAUUCGCACUCCCAGUGUCACUGUUGAUGGUGAUAUUUUUCAACCAAGUGGUCUUUUGACUGGUGGAAGCCGCAAGGGUGGUGGUGAUUUGUUAAGACAACUCCAUGAAUUGGCAAAUGCUGAAUCAGACCUUUUACUACAUCAAAGAAAAUUAUCUGAAAUUGAAGCUAAGAUUACAGAGCUUCUACCUCGUCAUAAAAAGUUCAUGGAACUUAAGAAACAUCUGGAACUUAAACAGUAUGACCUGUCAUUAUUCCAGGGCCGGGCUGAGCAAAAUGAACAUCAUAAGCUUGGUGAAUUAGUGAAGAAGAUUGAGCAGGAGCUUGAAGAAGCAAAUUCUAUAGCCAAAGAAAAGCAAAAUUUGUAUGAAGAAUGUGUUAGUACAGUGUCUAUGCUUGAGAAGUCGAUCAGAGAGCAUGAUAAUAAUCGAGAAGGCAGGCUCAAAGACUUGGAGAAAAAGAUUAAGGCUAUGAAAGCUCAAGUUCAGUUAGCUUCAAAAGAUCUCAAGGGACAUGAAAAUGAAAAACAGAGGCUUAUUAUGGAACAGGAAGCUGUCAUUAAAGAACGGGCGUCGUUGGAGAGUCAAUUAGGUUCCUUGAGGAUGCAAAUUAACCAUCUCAAUUUGGAAGUGGAAGAACAAAAGUCUAAGGUUGCUUCUGUACGUAAUACUCAUGAUGAAGCUCAUUCUGAGCUUGAAUUGAUCCGUCUAAAGAUGAAGGAAUGUGAUUCUCAAAUUAAUAGCUUCCUUAAGGAGCAGCAAAAACUACAACAAAAAGUUAGUGAGACAAAGCUUGAGAGGAAGAAGCUAGAAAAUGAGGUAAAAAGAAUGGAAAUGCAACAAAAAGAUUGCUCUACAAAAGUGGACAAAUUGAUUGAGAAGCAUGCCUGGAUUGCUUCUGAGAAACAACUAUUUGGAAGAAGUGGGACAGAUUAUGAUUUCAUGUCUCGUGAUCCUAAGAAAGCAAGAGAAGAACUUGAGAAAUUACAAGCUGAGCAAUCAGGCCUUGAGAAAAGGGUGAACAAGAAGGUUAUGGCAAUGUUUGAGAAAGCUGAGGAUGAGUAUAAUGACUUAAUGUCGAAGAAAAACAUUAUUGAGAAUGACAAGUCCAAGAUCAAGAAGGUGAUUGAAGAGCUUGAUGAGAAGAAGAAAGAAACUCUCAAAGUUACCUGGGUUAAAGUUAACAGUGACUUUGGAUCCAUCUUCUCUACACUAUUGCCUGGAACCACAGCAAAGCUAGAACCACCAGAAGGCUGCAGUUUCCUGGAUGGUCUGGAGGUUCGUGUUGCAUUUGGAGGUGUCUGGAAACAGUCCUUGUCAGAGCUAAGCGGAGGCCAACGAUCUCUGCUUGCCCUUUCUCUAAUCUUGGCACUGCUUCUCUUUAAACCUGCCCCACUUUAUAUCUUGGACGAGGUUGAUGCAGCUCUUGAUUUAUGCCACACACAGAACAUAGAGAGAAUGAUCAAAGCUCACUUCCCACAUUCCCAGUUUAUUGUGGUUUCACUGAAAGAAGGCAUGUUCAACAAUGCCAAUGUCCUCUUUCGGACGAAAUUUGUAGAUGGUGUUUCAACUGUCCAGAGGACUGUUGCUGCUAAGCAGAACAAGUGAUUGCUGCCACAUUAUCAGAUUUUGAUGGCAAACAUGGCGGAUGGGAGAGUUUGGCUUCGAAUUCUGGCACUGAUGAAAUGAUACUAAUUUAUUUGAAUGUCUGAUGAUGUAUUUUUAUUUUGUAAAUGUGUGCUAAUAUGUGAAAGUUUGUAUUAACCAUAUUGUAUUAGUAAUGCUAACGAUACAUAAAACCAUGAAAUUCUGUUCAAUCAAAUUACUCAUUUGGUGUUGACCAUGGGUUUGACUAAA